AUGUCUACCACUUUCAUUUCCAGUCGAAGGCGACAAUCGACCAUCACAUUCACUUCAUCGCGAAGAAGACAGGCUACAUCCAGCACAACACCCACAUCAACCGAAUCCUCGUUACGCACAGCAUCGUUACCGCCAACAGCCGAGCCACCCAGUAACCUCGCAUCCGACUUGAGAUUCGCCCAACUAAAAACGGAUGCUGCAAAUCCCAGCACAAUCAAUGGUCCGAUUCAGCCUCCUCCAGCAUGUUCGACAGACAGCGCUUGCGCAACAGACAAGACCUGCCACAGGGUAGGCUGCGUAGCCAUGGAGAACGCGGCUCCAUUUGGGGGCUCUGAUUCCACGCCAACCUCGCACUUGACCACCGCAUCGGCUAUUGCCGUCGGAGUAGGCCUUGUGGCCACCCUGGUGCUACUAGCUGGAAUUGCGUUCUGGGUAUGCAGACGGCGAGCACAAAGACCUCGCAACCAAUCGUUAGAAGCAGCCAUGCAAAAUCCCCUCAGCAGAUCUGCUUCGAAUGCGACCGACUCAAAGACGCUGGUGGCUUCGAUGCCAAACAGCCCGCAGAAUGUAGCUUUCACGUACCAGCACGCUAUGGGACCUGGGUUUUUUGCCAGGGCUUUGGUUUCUGAUGAAACAAAGGAUACGAGCAAACUGCAAGUGUCAACGGACAAUGUCUACGGGCGCUCUGGACCCAAAGCGCUACCACUUCUUCCGCUCCCAAACCUCCCACUUCCACCACCGCCAAAGGACACGACUCUCUACGCUCUCAACGUCAGCAUCAACAAGAGCAUGAUCAUGGACGAGGACAUGAUGCAAGCCGUAAGCCCGUUGCGAGGCAACGACACUCCACGUAGUAGCAUACCCCGCGAACGUGCGCCACGGUACAUAUUCGAAGAAUACAUUCCCCCACCCAUUCAGGCUCCGCCACCAAUAUCCAUUUGGCAGGCCCCGACGUCGGAUGCACAGAAUCUCGAAUACGAACUCAGCGCGUAUCCGAAGAAGAGCGAUUCAGACGAAACCGUUUUGUUAUCCGGUCGGGGCUCAGUGGUUGCGUCAGAACCGUCAAGUCCUCUGGUUGAAUCGUUUCCCGACAUUGACAGCAGCACACAUCGACUUUCGUUGGGAGACCUUCCACCUCCAAGUCCGAGCUUCAGCUUCCGUUCGUACGACUGGUACCAGGAGAUUAUUGAAGAUCCAACACAGGGCGAGCCUACGACACCAACAUUGUCAUCACACCGGUCUGCGCGAGCAUCCAGGAGUAGCGCAUUCCCCAAACCACUAUACUUUUCUCCCUCGAAAAAUACUAAGGCGGUAGAUUCGAGUCUAUAUCCAGAACCCCUUUCGCCUGGUGCACCUCCUGCUGCACCAGGCACGCAUUUACAUCCCAACUCGGCAGCGAAGCUGAGUCCUACGAGCCCAAACUUUCGUUUAUCACCUACUGUUUAUACCCCGCCACAACGGUCAUCAUUGCCAGCUGAGCAGCCGCCACUUGAAGCCAAACUCUCUGUGCGAGCGUCGAGGCUCAGUAAAAGGGGCCGCACACCGCAUGAUUCGCGGAGCUGGCUGCCUGAGGAAGGGCUCUAUCUUGCCGACGAGUGCGGACUUACCCGUUACUUGACCUUCCGCAGAGGCAAUGAGGAAGGCGGCCGGCCAACGAGCUACUCGCCACUGACAUGAGCUAGCCAGGUUAGCGAGCUUGCAAAUAGCUAUAUUCCGGGUUCUGCAUACCCCUCUUUCCUAGUGCGGCAGCGGGCCUCGGCCGACAUUGGUGGAUGCGCCUUUUCGGGUUACAUUACUCGUCAAGGAAGUUCGGCAUGCUCCUGUUGUGAGCGCGUCUAAAGCAUGCGCAGAAGCACACGGCGGCCUGCUGCCGACUUUGGACCAACAAGCGCACGCAAGAAGUCUGCAGCGCGGGAACAAUGCGGGUCGUUCGGACGCCAGACAUGGAGCCAGCCUUGUGCUCGCUCGACGCGAGCUUUGGUCAAGGGGAUCCGCAGCUGCUGCCUCAUCCCUGGCGCUGGGUGGCCGAUGAGAGCACAAACCAUUAUAAGGAUUUUAAUAAUUAUUACCCAUGACCAAA